AUGAAGAGAUCAGUAGCACAACUGGUGAUUCUGUGUCUAAUUGUGUCAUGUACUAAUGGAGAAACCAAAGCUGCUGGAAGCAACUCCGAUGGAUCCGAAGUUUGGGGAUACGCCGAAGUUAGGCCAAAAGCACACAUGUUUUGGUGGCAUUAUAAAAGUCCUUAUAGAGUUGAAGAUCCUUCCAAGCCAUGGCCUAUUAUCCUCUGGCUCCAAGGUGGACCUGGAGCUUCAGGGGUUGGAAUAGGGAAUUUUCAGGAAAUUGGUCCAUUAGACACAUUUCUCAAGCCCAGAAAUUCAACUUGGUUGAAGAAAGCUGAUCUCUUAUUUGUGGAUAGUCCGGUUGGGUCAGGGUACAGUUUCGUGGAAGAGAAGGAUUUGUAUGUGAAAAGUGAUGAAGAAGCAGCAAAGGACUUGACUACACUGUUGCAACAACUCUUCAACAAAAAUCCAAUUUUAAAUCGAAGUCCUCUCUAUAUUGUUGCUGAAUCCUAUGGUGGCAAAAUCGCGGUUAAGCUCGGUUUAUCGGUUAUCGACUCGGUUCAAUCCGGAAAACUGAAGCUUCAUCUUGGAGGAGUGAUUUUGGGAGAUAGCUGGAUAUCCCCUGAAGAUUUUGUGUUUUCAUGGGGACCUCUUCUCAACUAUAUCUCGAGACUUGAUUACAAGGGCUUGGAUCUCUCUAAUAGCUUAGCUGAGAACAUUAAGAAACAGAUUCAGAAUGGUGAAUACGCUGAAGCCACUCAAACGUGGAUGGAACUCGAAUCCACAAUUUCCCUCAACUCCAAUGGCGUGGAUUUUUACAAUUUUCUAAUGGAUACUGGAACGGACCCUGUCUCGCUUACAACAAGCGAAGUGAACAGAAACGAAAAUCGAGUAUUGAAAAAGUAUUCGAGAUAUUUAAAUGAUUUGAGAAGUUCGAGUGACGUGAAUAAUGAAGGAGGCCUUGAAGGAUUAAUGAAUGGUGUUAUUAAGAAGAAGCUCAAGAUUAUUCCCAAAGACCUCUUAUGGGGGAACAAUUCGAGUAAUGUGUUUACAGCGAUGCAAGCUGAUUUUAUGAGACAUACAAUCCAAGAUGUUGAUGAACUUCUUGCCAAAGGAAUAAAUGUGACCAUCUACAAUGGACAACUUGAUGUUAUCUGUUCAACAAGUGGAACUGAAGCAUGGGUUCACAAGCUCAAGUGGGAAGGGCUAGAAGAGUUUAAGAAGAUUGAAAGACAACCAUUAUAUUGUGAAAGUGAUAGAAAAACAAGAGGCUUCACAAAAUCAUACAAAAAUCUCCAUUUCUAUUGGAUUCUUGGAGCUGGUCAUUUUGUACCAGUAGAUGAACCAUGUGUUGCAUUGAAAAUGAUUGGAGAUACAACGAAGUCACCACACCAACUUUGA